AUGGGAACGCCUCAUCUGAUGAACGGAGUUAACGUCCUGCCUCAAAGGGCCCAAGAACACUCCCCCACCCCCCUCCUCUAUGCUGACAAUGUGGCCCACUGGGGUGAGCUCUAUUCUAAUUGUGAUGGGCACAGUCAGUCUCCUAUUAACAUAGACACUGCCAAUGUGAUAAGUCAGGAGGAGCUGGGAGAAUUUACCUUCACAAAUUUUAAUAGCACAGAUGCCCUGAAACACCUGAUGAACAAUGGACACACAGUGCAAUGUACAUUGGAGGAGGGGAUGGUGCACAUUGGAAAUGGGGGCCUGAAUUACAAUUACUCCUGUUUGCAGUUCCAUUUCCACUGGGGGACUGAAGAUUUCGAUCACUACCCAGGGUCCGAGCAUUCUGUUGAUGGACAGAGAUAUCCAGUGGAGGUACAAGAUGGAGAAAAUGAUGCAAUGUCUGAGGCCUGGAAAAACUUCACACACUAUCUAUCAGAUGUGUCGACAGAAGGUAGUAACGUGAGCAUAAGUGAUCCCAUUUCCAUUCAAGAUCUGCUUGUAGGAGUAGACUUCACCAAAUAUUACCGCUACAGUGGCUCACUCACCACCCCCACAUGUAAUGAGGCCGUGGUAUGGACAGUCUUCCACACUCCAAUCAAGAUCAACAGAGAGCUGUUGAGGCAGUUUCCAAAAACAUUUGAUUUUGAAAGUAUCUACCGGCCACAACAGAGUCUAAACAAUCGCACUGUUAAGGCUUCAGCAGCCUUCGGCAUGGACAGCCACACAUCCGUGAAGUGUGUGUUAGAAGAUGGCAUGGUGGAGAUCGCUGGAGGGGGGCUGGAUCACAUGUACUCCACACUACAGUUUCACUUCCACUGGGGAACGCAUUCAAGCCAAUCCACACCAACCAGUGCAAGUAGUGAAACCACUCACAGCCCUGAUGCAAGUCACUCCCAUCGUUCCAGUGCAUCUCAUGGCUCCAGUGAUUCCAGUCAUACUGACUCCACUCCAACUAGUGACUCUAGCAGCAGUGGUGAAAGCCCAGGAGACAUCUAUGGUGGUUCAGAACACACUGUGGACUCUCAAAGAUAUUCAAUGGAGAUGCAUAUUGUGAGUAAAAGGAAAGACCUCGGUGUUGAUGAAGCCAAACAAGCGCAAGAUGGGUUUGCUGUAUUAGGGUUCUUUAUCGAGGCAGAAGAAGGAGGUCCUACACCAGAUGCAUGGAUGAAAUUUGCUGAACAUCUCUCUGAGCUCCAGAGCAUAGACAGUACAAUUACUUUCCACCACAAUAUCUCAAUUGAUGAUCUAAUUGGAGAUGUAGACCGCACAUCUUACUACCGCUACAUGGGCUCCCUCACGACACCACUCUGUAAUGAAGCAGUGGUUUGGACCAUCUUCAAAGACCCAAUCAAGCUCGACCGGUCUUUGCUCAUUGUCUUCUGGGGACAUGCCAGAACUAUGGCCAUGGGGGCCAUAUGA